AUUCACAUUACUGCUGCCGCCACAUUACUGUGGUGGUUUUAUGGGGUUUUCCCAUCGUAAUAUCACUGCAGGAUGACGUGUUGUGGAAAAAUGAACAUUUGCUCAUAGGUUAUGAACCUUUUCAAGUAAAAUGAAUUUAUCGUGUUUAUUGACUAUAUAUUUUCUGUCGUGUACGUCAGUAGCAAUGGCGGACUGGAUAAGCAAUACCGAGAAGGAGAAUGUGAAACGGCAGCUGAAGAUUGACGAAGGUGUCAUUAACAAAAUCUACAAGGACAGCUUGGGUUGUACCUUUGGGAUAGGGCACCUGAUCAAGGACACGGACCCGGAACACGACAAGGCACUGGGAACUGUAAUUAGUGACGAGCGAGUUUAUGCCGCAUUUAACGCAGAUCUUAAGGACACCAUUGCCUUGACAAAGGCCAUCUACCCGUGCGUUGAAGGCUGGCGUAGCGAGGUGAAGGAGAUCAUGGUCAACAUGGUCUUCAAUUUGGGCGGGAAACUCCUGCAGUUUGUGAAGCUGGGUGAAGCGUUGAACGCUCGAGACUGGCAGAAGGCGGCAGACGAGAUGGCCAACAGCAAGUGGUACGGGCAGGUGGGCAAGCGAGCGGAGAGGCUAGUGGCCAGAAUGAGGAACGUUAAGAACUAGGAAUAAUCGCGCUCGCGGCAUUCGAAUCUCCAUUAAACAGUUUCAUGUCUAUCGCGUCUUUGCUUUUUAUUGGACUUUACGAAUGAACGAUAUGGGCGACAUACGAGAGAAGCAACCUCAUUGAAAUCAAGUCCUUAUGUUCGCUCAUUGUAAUUAUUUGGAAGUGUUGCGAACAAAAGGCUUUUAAAUGAGAUCAACGAGGCAAAUUUACAUUCUUUAGGCGUCGUUUUGAUGGGGAUAUUGCAAUAACAAGAGAGCGAAAAGUGUUUUUCAAGAUGUUUGAUGCUGUUAUGAGAAAUAAAUAUCGCUAGUA